UACAGUUUUACCUAAUAUACUUUUAUAUAUUUACAAAAUAACCCUAAGUAUAUUUAUCUAUUAGUAAAUCUUAGCCCCAUUCUAAUUCCUAAUUCUCAAAAUUAAAAUCGCUGAUUCACGGCGACGAGGACGACAUCGUCUGCGGAUCUUCGACUCCAGAGUCCAGACUGGGGCGGCGACCGACUCCGGCACUGACAGGUUCAAGCACCAAAAUGCUGCUGGCAAGAGAGUUUAGCUUUUGCAAUACUGCUGCACAGUGUCUUUAAAUGGUUUUCUUGAAUGGCACUCACAUUAAGAAAAGCUAUAUCACACUAUAUUCUGAUAAGAUAUUACUCUUCAGUAUUUGGUGUCGCUUCAAGUACCAAUAAUAUUGCUUUGAAACUGAGUUCAAACAGAAGUUAUGCUCUUAAAUACAUGACGAGUAAGUUAUCCUUCUCAUAUGAAUGUGAUAAGCGCAGUGAAAAUUGGUGUUCUAAGCCUUUAUCUGCUAAUAUAAAACCGGAGAGGUUAUGUUGGGAAGGAUCCUCCCGUGCUGUUUUACUGAGAAGGCUUGAAAUCGCUUUGAUGCAUCACAAACUGGAUGAGGCUUGGGAUACUUACAAAGAUUUCAAGCGCCUCUAUGGUUUUCCCGAUCACUCUCUUCUGAGUAGAUUGGUAACUGAACUGUCCUAUUCAUCUAAUUCCAAAUGGCUUCGAAAGGCAAGUGAUUUAGUCAUUUGUAUUCAAAAGGAUAAAUUUGGGUUACUUCUGCCAGACUUAAUGACUAAGCUCUCCCUGUCCUUAGCAAGAGCUCAAAUGCCUAUCCGGGCAUCUGCUGUUCUUAGACAGAUGCUUCUGAAAAGGAGGUUACCACCAUCUAAUAUUUUGGAGAUGAUAUUUCUUCAUUUAGUGAAAACAAAGACUGGAACGGUCCUGGCGUCAAAUGUUUUGGUUGAGAUUUGUGAUAUGUUUCAACAAUUCAGCACAAACAAGUCUGCUUGCAUGAAGUGCACAAAACCUGAUACCGUGAUUUUUAAUCUUGUUCUUGAUGCUUGUGCAAGGUUUGGGUCAUCUUUUAAAGGCCAGAGCAUUAUUGAGCUGAUGGCGCAAGUUGGAGUCAUAGCUGAUGUGCAAACUAUUGUGAUUAUCUCCCUUAUUUAUGAGAAGAAUGGUAUGCGAGAUGAACUAAACAAAUUUAAGGAGCAUAUAGAUCAGGUGUCAACCUAUAAGCUGAUGUGUCACUAUCAACAGUUUUAUGAAAGUCUGUUGAGCUUGCAUUUCAAAUUUGAUGAUAUUGAUGCUGCUUUUGAACUUUUAUUGGAUAUGUAUAGACCUUUAGUAUCUGUCCAAAUAUCGGAUGACAGGAUGGAACCAGUGAAACCCUGCCUCAUCCCACUAGGAUCUCACCAUCUUAGGAUGGGGUUUUCACUACGUGUUUUGCCAGAUUUACUAAAGCAAGAUACCAUUGUUAAUCUGGGAUGCAAUCACAGGUUCAUCACAUGUAAAGAUGGGAGACUUGUUCUUAGCACGAAAGCACUGGCCAAGCUGAUGCUACACUACAAGAGAUGUGGGAGAAUUAGUGAGUUGUCAAAGCUUCUAAGUAGAAUCCAGAAGGCUUCACCAUGUUCUAGCAACAUUCUCCAUGAUGUGAUUGAUGCUUGUAUUUGUCUUGGAUGGCUUGAAACUGCCCAUGAUAUUCUGGAUGACUUGGAGAUGGAAGGAAAUCGACUAUCCAGUAGUUCAUACAUGUCUCUUUUUGCAGCGUAUCACAACCUAAAGAUGUUUAGAGAAGCAGAUGUAGUACUAAAACAAAUGGGGAAAGCUGGUGGUCUCUCAAAUGCUGCUGAGCAGAUGGUUUCAGCAUCUAUGAGCAAGAUAGAAAAUGAAGGAACAUAUGAUUUGAAAAAACUAACUUCUACUGGAAAAUCAGAUUUGGCUGACUUUAUUGCUCGGGAAAUGAGAGAAGACGAAAAAGAGGCUCCUUCUGUGGUCUAUAAGUUUAAUUCUUCUAUCUACUUCUUCAUGAAGGCCCAAAUGAUAGGAGAUGCUAAAAGGGCCUACAGAAAAAUGCAAAAGAUGAAGAUCCAACCAACUGUCUCAACAUUUAUCAAUCUAGUUCAUGGCUAUUCUUCCAUGGGAAUGUAUCGUGAAAUUACAAUCUUAUGGGGGGAUAUUAAGAGGAACAUAGAAAAUGGUAUUGAGUUGAGAGACAGUGAUUUAUAUGAAUUACUAUUGUUGAAUUUUCUUCGAGGUGGUUAUUUUGAGAGGGUGAUGGAUAUCAUUGGUCUUAUGAAGGAAAGCAGUAUGUACCUGGACAAGUGGAUAUACAAAUAUGAAUUCCUGAAGCUUCACAAGGACAUUUAUCGACACAUGAAAGUAUUUGAUGCUAAAAAUGAGGUGCAAAAAAAGAGGAUUGAAUAUGUUGAGGAAUUUAAGAAGUGGGCUGGCAUGGUUUGAUUGUUUGAAAUACAUUAAGUUGUAACAACCUGAGAGUUUCUAGUUACUGGUUACCACUUACCACACUACAUAGUCUGGCAAGCCAAAGGUGGUUUUAAGUGAUUGCUAGUAUCAUAAUGUUGGGGUUCUGGAAUCUGCAAUUUGUGAUUUCUUUGACCACCUCUUCUUCCUUAUCUGCUUCACCUCACAUCUCCUCAAAGAUCAGGAAACCAAAGCUUAAAGGGAAAGAAUUUGCCUGAUGUCUCGGGGAAAUUCAAGGAAGAGUGGGAUUCAGAGCAAUUAAUAAUUUAUUAUAGGAAAUGUAGUAUCAAAGCAAAUCUCACUUAAUGACUAAUAACAUAAUCUCAAUUAAAUCCCAAUUGAUUUCUCUCCCUUAUUGAGUUAUUUCUCACCUCAGUUCACUUUAGUUUAAUAUCUGCUCAUAAUAGUUAUGGGUACAAAUGGCUAACUUUCAGGAAAGUUUGUACAGAGAACUUAUGUUCUGCAGGCUUCUGCAUGUAAUGUUAUAUGCUUUAAUUCUGUUGCAAUACAAAUUCUCUCCUCCAUCUCUGGUGGUUCUGAAACAGCUUUUGCAAAGGAGAAUACCUAUGCUCUAUUACUUGUUGCAAGCCUGG